CGGGUUUUCUUCAACCGAAUGAAGUUUUUUUUUGUGCAUUAUUCAGGUUGCCGUUGGAGCAAAGACAAUUCAAGUUCAAUAGAUCGCCUUGAGUUAACAAUAAAAAAGCAUCAGUCAGCAUUAAGAAGAAGAACAAGACUGAUCGGCCGCAUUCAGAUUUCCGCACAGUUCAAUCCUCAUGUUGAUUUUCAAACGAAAUACCAUACAAUUUAUUACCGACACCGGAAACUUGCAAAGAAGUCGUGAGCACUGCGCAACCUAACUUGACAAGUUGCGCACAGCUCGUUCACUCCGUUGCUGGCAUUGUGUGUGCAUCUGCUACCAAUAGUGGGCGGCAGAGGUGCUGAUGGACAGGUCAUCAACCCAAUGGACGUUGGAAAUGUUCCUUCAAUGCUCGUGGGGGGGGCGGGGCCGAGUUAUCAAGUUGGGUUGAGCAGCAACAGCUGUGUCGUGCCUGGAGACCGAAGCGGUUUGUGGUCUGUGGGAGGGAAACUGAGGAGCAACUGGCGGCCUGGGCAAGCAUAGCCUGAAACGUCUGUUCCUGUCACAGUGCACCCAGACAGCAGCAUCAACAAAACGGGAAGGGAGCCAUGCCAAAAGAAAAGAAAUCCACAGAUUCUUAUGAUGAUGGAGUUGUACAUUUGAAGGAAAUUUCUGUUUGGAGUGAAGAUGUGAAAAAGAUAUAUCUGAAAGAAAAGCUGGAGAGUAAAGAACAUGAUGAGUAUUCUCCAGUGAAGGAAGAUACUGGUGAAGAACAGGAAGAGGUUUCUGCUCAAAAAGUCUCCAAGCUGAGUGAUACCGUUUCACUGUAUCAAGGUGAUAUAACAAAGCUUAAAAUUGAUGCAGUAGUAAAUGCAGCAAACAAAAGUCUGCUUGGAGGAGGAGGUGUUGAUGGCUGUAUCCACAGAGCUGCGGGACCUAAGCUGUUGUCAGCAUGUCGCCAGCUAAAUGGAUGUAACACUGGAGAAGCCAAAAUUACACUGGGCUAUGACCUUCCUGCAAAACAUGUCAUUCAUACUGUGGGACCUAUAGCAAGAGGAAACUGUGAUGAACGUCUUAAACGCCAGUUGAGGAACUGCUAUGAGACUUCUCUGAAGCUGUUGGAGACUCAAGGCCUGAGGUCUAUCGCAUUUCCCUGUAUAUCCACUGGUAUCUAUGGUUUUCCACAAGAAGAUGCAGCUGAAAUUGCAGUGUCAACUAUUAAAGAAUGGCUAGUUGACAAACGAGAUCUGGUGGAUCGCAUUAUCUUCUGUGUUUUCUUGGAAAGUGAUCAUAAGAUCUACAAGGAGAAAAUGCUUCACCAUUUUCCAAUAGAUGAAGAGGAUCUGAGUACAAACUCCCCAUCUUCAAAGAAGAAUGGAAAUAAAGAAUCAAUGGAAAAGAGCAAUGAUAAGAUAGAAGCCUCAAUGGAAGAGAGUGGUGACGGAAUAGCAAAUAAUUCUCCAAAAAAGACAGAAGAUGAAAAACAUGACUCACCCAAACCUCUAGUUAGUCAUGAUGAUGACUUAAAACAACAUGAUACGUACAUGGACAGCCAGAUUGAAGAUAAACAAGAGGACACUGUAAUGCUUAGCCAGCCUUGUACCCAGAUAGAAGAAAUGGAAAUGGGUAGCUCCCAGGAACAGUCAGAGGGAGAAGAUAAGGAAAAUAAUGACAGCAUACCCUUUAUUGAUGAAUGUGAAGAAGAAAGUGGACAAUGAAGACUAUGUGUGGCUAAUGCAAGAUCCAGUGUUGUCUUUGAAGGCGGGUUGUAGCCCUUCAGCCCUCCAGAAGGCAUAUGGUACAAUUUUGUGCUCGAGUUUAGGUGCCACCUUAUUCAGUUUUGUGUAUAAAAAAUCUGAGUUGCAUUAUGUUUUGUAAUUGUGUUAUUGAAGGGAAUCUUUCGAUCUGAUGAUGUGCUUCUAAAUAAUAUUUUGACUGCCAGAGCUGUUGUUUUAUUGGUCAAUAGAGCUUUGAUCUGAACAAGUUGUGUUCACCUCCAUUACAUCGGGAGUAUUACGUUUUUGAUACUGCUUAUUCAUAAAGAACUGACACUAAAGCAGCCCAAAAGUACAAUGCUGAUGUCCCAUGGAACAUGCAAUGACUUAGCCCGAGUUCUCUUUGUAAUCUUCCUCUGAUCUCAGAACUGACCUAAUGAUCCCAUUCUCUUUGAAUUAAAAUUUAAAAUAGAAAUAAAUAACUUUUCUAUAAUAAAUAAAAGAAAAAUCAAGAUAUUUCUUUUUUUGUUUUCUUUGCCAAUUCCUUAACACUGCACUAUGUUUGGUUCUCAGCCUGAAACAUAUAGAAAAAGUUUUGCAUUGGUUAGAAUGCAUUUUUUUCAUCCAAGAGGAACCUAUUUUACUCCAGAACUGACAUACAGAAAUCGAUCUAGAGCAAUGAUAUUGUCUCUUUGCUUUUUCAUAAAUCUGCUAACUUUUUCAAACUUGUUCACUUUCUGCUUGCACGUACAGAUUGCCAUACAUUUCCAUUUUACCUAGUUUCCUCUCAUCUCCUCCCAUCUGCUGAUGACACCGCAGGUAUUUAGUAAGUUCAUUUGUCUUCUGUAAGCCUUGGAAAUCCCAACGUAAGUGUUUCCUCAUUUCUAUUCCUUCCUCACUCAAAGCACUCUGCAAAUCUACCCUCUUAAACUGAAAAUUAGGUUAUCUGUCCUACUUGCAAAUUAUUCCUGUGUAGUAUCAAAUGAGUACUAGAUUAAAGGUGCCUCAUAACAGUAGAAGUGUCAAUAAAUUUAACUCUGGUGUGAAAAAUACAUUAUUCAGCCUCUGAAAAGGAAAAUCAGCAUCCCUUAUCUACUUGUCUGAUAUUGGCAAACUUGCUGAAGAUUUGUAGCAUUUUUUUGUAUUUUUGUCAAAAAAAAGAAUCGACUGGUGACUUUUCUUUCACCCAGGAAGAUAUCGCUGAGAAAUAACAUACUUCUGUUAAACUAAAAAUAACUGUUAGACUUCAUGCAUAGUCAGUAGUUGCUAUUAACUGGGAUUAUUAACCACAAUAUUUACUUGUUUGAAAGAGACAUUGGCUCAUGGAGGAAAACUGGGAAUAACCAAUUUCGAAAAGAAAAAGAAACAAUUCUCUGGUGGAAAAGAAAACAGUGUCCAACUUUAUUUUAACUAUUGCCAAGAUUUGAAGUGAAGGGUAGUAUCCCUUUCUUGAGCAGACUGCUUGCCCCAGUAGGAGAAAGGAAAGUUGCUACAGCAACUUCUAUUAAUACUGCAAUGUAGCAAGAUACAAAAAAAUACAUCAGUGAACCAAAAGAACAUUUGAUGACAAAUGUUUGAAUUGGGUUUUAAUCAAAAUUAUUUAAUAGUUCUUAAAUAAAGAGUUGUUGAGAGGGUGACAGGUUAAGCAAUGUAAUUCCAGAGGGCUCUGACAUCUGAAUGUACAAGCUCCAGCAGUGUAGCAAUGAAAUUUAAGCAUGAUCACAAGGCAAGCUUCAGAGAAUCAGUUAUAUGCAUGAUUGUUAGUCUGCAAAGAUUAAAGAUUGUGAAAGGAAUGAUAAAACAGGUUAUUUUGAUCAAAUCUGAGUUUGUAAAAUAGGAUAUUUACUUCAUUUAGGACAGUGUAGAUCAGCAACAUGUGGAUAAUGGUAAUGGGACUUGAUGGAGUUAGGGCACAGGCACCCAAAAUUUGACUUGAGUUCUGGCUUAUGGAAAGUAGUGCAAAAGAGGAAGGUCAGAAAUGUGGGUGAGUAAGGCAAAGCUGUGGAUGCUGGAAAUCUGAAAUAAAACAGAAAAUGCAGGAUGCAUUCAGGAGUUCAGGGGAAAAUAGAGUUAAUGCUUCAGGUUGGCAACCCUUCAGAACUGGGAUCAUCAAUUCUGAUGAAGGACCUUUGAUAUCUGUUGAUGCAUCGUCUCACUCCAAAAAUGCCGUCUUACUUAGUGUAUUAGAGUACUUAGUCUACAGGUAAAAAAUGUCCCAACAGUGACAAAUCAAGUUAUGGAAGUGAAGCUUGCAGCCAAAGUGAUAAUCUGUAAAGCAUAAAUGGCAGACUAUUACAUUAUCUGUGAGCAAUUAGGCCUCAUUCUUUCUCUUAUACCAGAUGUCAGUUCAGUUCAUAUUGUAGGUUUUUUUUCCUCUCUGAUUCAACACUAACUCAUAAUUUUAGAGUUAAUUUUGUCACUUCUUUGUGCAGCUUAAUUGCAAAAGUUACCCCUUUCUAGUGCAGACCAUGCUCCCUAGUUCCACACUUCUGAACAAAGUGAAAUGAUUUGUGUAUCCAACUGGUCAAGCCAUUGGAAUGCUAAAAAUGAAAUCACUGCGGCCGCUACCUAUUCACUCUGCAUCAAUUUCACCUCUCAGCCAUCUCUUUUCCAGAAAGCACAUAUCCUGCUAGGAUAAAUACUCUUUUAUAAUCCAUUCCCGCAUUCCCUCUCUCUUUCUGGUUAUUCUCUUCCCUAUCCUGGGAGCAGAAAAAAAAGAGAUUUAGAUUAAAGAUAGUAUCUUACGGAAUCUCUGGAUGUCACAACAUAAUCUCCUGCAAACUAAAUAAAUCCUUAAAAUUAAUCACUAUUUUGAGCACCCACUUUGUGAGACAAAUGCUUUUGUUUAUUCACUGAGGGAUAUUGCGGAACAUUUUUGAGCAUCCACCUGAGACGUAAAAUAAGCUUAUUCAUAAAACGCCAUGUCUGACAACACAGUAUUUCCUUAGUGCUCAAGUGAGAUCUUGGUCCAAGCCUUUGGAGUGGGUCUUGAAUAAAAUACAUUAUUCUAAUUGUUGUGGUCAACCUCAGGAUAACCUCCACCAUUUUGGUUAAUGAACUUUGAUUGAUCCCCUUUUAAGAACUACUCUUCUUACAAUUAUUUUUCCCAAAAUUGACAAGGAAGAGACCAUUUGGCCCAUUGUGUCUGGCCCAUUUCUUUGGUAAUUUUUUUUAAAAUUUCUGACAGAGCUUUAGCUGGUGCCAAAGUGAAUGUAAAAUGAACAAUCUGGGUAGAACUCGCACAACUGUUACCAAGCUGACUCUUUGUGAUGUAGACUUUAGAUGCCUUGUUUAAUUGUGCUGAUGUGCAGUGUGAUAUUAGAAUGAUAGAUUAUGUCAGCUGUGUAAAAUGUAUGGAAGCAAAUUCACAGAUCAUUUUACAUCACUCAUUAUGAAACCCCUGGGGCUUAUUUUCUCACACCUAUUUUACCUUUGACACCCAUCAGAGUUUGCCAAGACAGUCAUCAUUCUUGUCUAAUCAGGAGCCUAGUUUCCAAAUCUACUGUUCAAAGCCCUUAAUUCUGUCUAAUUUGCAAUGGAAAUGUUCAGAACACACUCUUUAUUAGCUUUAUGCAUCCUUUAAAACAUCUGGCAGUGCAUGCUUGCUUUAGACAAUGUUUAGAUAGGUGUCUUACUUUUCUGAGACUUCCAAAAAGAAUGGUUUCUUUUUCCUUCAAUGUUUUAAAAUUUUGCUUUACCUGAUGGUUAUGUAAUAGUAACUGGCAGUUGUUGUUUAAAAACUGGAACCAAAUAGAUAAAAUUGGAGAUUAUCUUGCUGACUUACUGCCGUAUUGUUAACUCAUUAAAUAGCCAGCGUUACCUAUUAAACAUGUUUUUUUUCUGUUAUUCUCUCUGUGCCAUGAAUUUGGGAUGUAAUCAGUAGAAAACGAUGCCUUCACUUUAUGUCUAUUAAAUAAAAUGAACAGUAAUAGCAUUUUGAAAGACACAACUUUUCAAUUAUUCUAACAGAUCCUUGUGAUUGAUGACUGUUGUGAUUUAGAUCAACUUAUUUAGCCUGAUAAUAAACAGCGUGGU